GGCCGCUUCCGGUUCGAGCACCCGGAACCGCCGCCUCUAAGGAUGGACGGUCAGACUCUGCAAAAGGCUGAGAGAAGCCGGUCCUGCUCACGGGAGAAAAAAGAGGGUCUCACUAAGGACAUGGUGACAGACUUUGAUGAGAAACAUGAUGAGUAUUUAAUAUUGCUUCAGCAGAGGAACCGGAUAUUAAAGCAUUUGAAAACCAAGGACCCCAUGCAGCUGAGACUGGAGCAUUUGGAGCAAGGGUUCUCUGUCUACGUCAAUGGGGCCAACUCUGAGCUGAAGACAUCGCCACGGAAAGCCGUCCACUCCGACUUCUCCAGAAGUGCCUCACACGCGGAGGGGACACACGCUUCUGGACGCAGAACUCUAUUUCGAGAAGCUGAAGAAGCCUUAAGACGUGGCUCACGGACAGCCCCCAGCAAAGUCCAGCGCCGGGAAUGGCACCAGAAAUCUGUGCAGAUCAGAACAGAAGCUGGUCCCCGGCUCCACAUCGAACCGCCUCUGGACUAUUCGGAAGAUUUUGAGCCCUGUGGGGAUGCGGAUGCCAGGGAAAAGGAGGAUUCUGGGGAUGGCACAGAGGAGCUGAGAAAAAGCCUGGAGCUCGGUGUCAAUCUGCAGAGGAAACAAAAGAAUUCCUCCAGUGACGAGUAUGACUCAAUUGAAGAAGAUGUACUUUCUGAGCCCGAGCCUGAGAACCAGGCACUGAUGGAUCACCCUGGGGAGGACCCCCCUCUUUUCAGUGGGGACUCAGUGCAGAAGGAUGUUCCUGAGGACCAGGAGACAGAAGGAAGACGCCCUCCCCAAGGCCCAGACACCCUUGUGGUACUGGAAUUUAACCCAGCUUCCCAAAGUAAUAAAAGGGAAAGGAAUUUGUCUGCUAAACGCAAGGACCACGCUGAGGUCUUCCUUCCCAGCAGAUCCGAGCCAGACUUGAAUCACAAGCCCCCUGCUGCAUUCCCAGACCAGGAGAGAGUGUACUCCAGACCCGGAAGCCUGCGAGAGAGACCCCUGUCGGCCACCCGGAAACCCGUGCGCAAGGCCGAGGACCGAGAGGAGGACGCCUCGGCGGUGCUCAGAGCCAUCCGCGUGGAGAACGAAGCCCUGCAGAGGGUGCUCCUGGAGAGAAAGGCCGAGCCCCCUGCCAGCCAGCUGCAGGCUGCAGAGGAACCACCAGCAAAUCCAUGGGCCAGUUUGCUGAAGGAAAAGGGAGAGACCCCGUCUCUCGAGCUGCUUCCCGUCACCCCAGUGACCACCAGAGAGGAGCCACCCAGGGCAGCAGGGGGAGCCAGAGCUGUCAGCGAAGCCAUUGACCAAAUCGGCCUUUUGGGAAGCAGACAGCAGCAGAAGCUUCUGAAAGUUCUUCAGGCCAUCGAAAGUGACCCCGCCCAUCUCCACCAGGUUGUUUCACCAAUGGAGGAGCAAACUCAAGACCCAGAGGAUAACUUGAGAACAAAAGUAGAAGAGAUCAAAGAUGCCAUCUAUGUGACCGUGGAGAUCCUAUCCAACUGGGGCAGCGCAUUGUGGGUGGGUCUCACCGAAAUCGAGUUCUUCGACCUGAACGACGCAAAGCUUUAUGUGUCACCUCACGAUGUGGACGUCCGGAACGCGGACACUCCUGGGGACCUGAGCUGCCUUGUCAAUAGGAACUUGGCCAGCACGAAAGACCCCUCCUUGUGGACGUGCCCCUUCCACCCACCACUCCAGCUCUUUUUCAUUAUCCGCAACACGAGCCGGCUGUGCGACUUUGGUCUAGCCAAGAUCAAGGUUUGGAAUUACUGGACGGCUGAUGGCGAUCUUGACAUUGGUGCCAAGAAGGUGAACCUUUAUGUCAACAGAAACCUUGUCUUUGAUGGCAAGUUAGACAAAGGUGGGGCAGGGGCCCCGGCUGGCCAGACCAUCCUGGUUCCCUGGAAGAACGAGAAGAAUGAGGGAAUGGAGGACACCGUUCCUGCCCCCCCGGGAGAAAGCCGGGAUGCCAGCGAGACGGCUGGCACAGAUGGGGACGAGGCACUCGGUCUCAAUUCCUUGCAGCCAGCUGGAGCGCUAUCGGAUGGGAAGGCAUCUUCACAAGGAGAUUUGUUUGGUGAAGUGAUGAAUCCUACUAAUUGCACGAAAGACACUUUGUCCAAGUUAGAGGAAGAUUUAAGAGUGUUAGCAGCCCCCGUCUUGAUGGGUGACAUGCCCGGAACCCCUCCUGCUUCCCCACCUGUGAAAUGCCCUCCUCUCGAGAAGGAGCUCUCCCUGAUCCAGCAAUUAGAAAAUCUCACAGGCAGAAAAAUCUCUCAGCCGCCAGUGAAAACCCCAUCCUGGUUACAGCCUUCUCCCAAAGGGAGAGGCAGGAAACUGGGAGGCAAGAAGCCAAAACCCCUUUGGCUUAGUCCCGAGAAGCCCCUGGACUGGCAAGGCGGGCUGCCAUCGGAUGACAGCAUCGGCGCUGGAGAAGGGCCUGGGGAGAUGGAGGCCGGGGACAGAGGGCCCAGGCGUGAGCCAGGGCGGGUGAACAGCCAGAAUGCCAUUGCCGGCGACAGACCCCAAAGGGUAACCUCCCGAGUCUGCGGCGAUGACUUAGACAUCUUUAACCUGUCCUCCAACAGAGAGCGCCCUGCGAGUGGCAGGAGGAGCUCGCGGAAGGAUGUCCUCGGCAGUAGUAAUGAAGAUCAUCAGCCAGCCAGCAGAGACAAUGCCUUGUCCACCGGGACCCCGCCCCGAUCACGGUGGUGCAGCGAGCAGGAACACACACUGCACGAGUCCUGGAACUCCCUCAGUGCCUUUGAUCGCUCCCACCGGGGACGCAUCUCCAACAUGGAGUUCCCAGGGGACGUCCUGGAUGAGUUCCUGCAGCAGCAGAAAAGCAGCCGGCCCUGCAACCCACCGCCCCCCCUGGAAGGAGGGCAAAACGGAGCCGCCAGAGGGCAGGACGACUGCGCCAUCGAGGCAGAUGACGGGAGCGACUUUAAAAUCCCGGUCCUGCCUUACGGACAGCACCUGGUCAUCGACAUCAAGUCCACCUGGGGAGACAGACACUACGUCGGCCUUAACGGAAUUGAGAUCUUCAACUCCAAGGGGGAGCCGGUGCAGAUUUCCAACAUUAAAGCAGACCCCCCCGACAUCAAUAUCUUGCCGGCCUAUGGGAAAGACCCCCGUGUGGUCACCAACCUCAUCGACAGGGUGAACAGGACGCAGGAUGACAUGCAUGUCUGGCUGGCCCCCUUCACACCGGGCAAGCCCCACUCCAUCGCCAUUGACUUCACUCACCCCUGCCAGGUCGCCCUCAUCAGGAUUUGGAACUACAACAAGUCCAGGAUCCAUUCCUUCCGCGGUGUGAAAGACAUCGCCAUGCUGUUAGACUCCCAGUGCAUCUUUCAAGGGGAAAUCGCCAAGGCCUCGGGGACCCUGACAGGAGCCCCAGAGCACUUUGGAGACACAAUCUUAUUCACGACCGACGACGAAAUUCUCGAGGCCGUCUUCUGUUUCGAUGAGACGUUUGAUGCCGAUGUGGAGAGCAUCUGCAGCCUGCAGUACGAGGAGGUGCUGGGGAGGCCCAGCACGGCUGACGGCAACGGGGAGGAGAGGCCCUUCACCCAGGCUGGCUCAUGGGCCGCCGAUCCGGUUCCAGAGCCAGAGCUGCCACGCAGCCCCCCGAUCCCCGAAAUCACCACGCCAGAGCCAGGCGUCUACCACGGGAUCUGCCUUCAGCUGAACUUCACUGCCUCCUGGGGGGACCUGCACUACCUGGGGCUCACGGGCCUGGAAGUGGUGGGCAAGGAUGGCCAGGCCCUGCCCAUCACCCUGCACCAGCUCUCCGCCUCCCCCCAAGACUUGAAUGACCUCCCCGAGUACACUGACGACUCCCGGACUCUGGACAAGUUAAUCGAUGGGGCCAACGUCACGAUGGAGGACGACCAUAUGUGGCUGAUCCCUUUCUCGCCGGGGCAGGACCACGUGGUUACUGUCCGCUUCGACAGAGCCGAGAGCAUCGCGGGCCUGCGCUUCUGGAACUACAAUAAAUCUUCCGAGGACACCUAUCGAGGGGCCAAGGUUGUCCACGUCACCCUGGAUGGCUUGUGCGUCUCCCCGCCAGAGGGCUUCCUCAUCCGGAAGGGGCCGGGCAACUGCCACUUUGAUUUUGCUCAAGAAAUCCUCUUUGUGGACUACCUACAGCCUCGCCUGCUGCCCCAGCCGCCCAGGAGGCUGGACACGAGGGGCCUGGAGCAGGCAAGCAUGGACUACGAGGCGCCACUGAUGCCGUGCGGCUUCAUUUUCCAGUUUCAGCUCCUGACCAGCUGGGGUGACCCGUAUUACAUUGGUCUGACCGGCCUGGAGCUGUACGACGAGCGGGGAGAGAAAAUCCCUCUGUCGGAAAACAACAUCGCCGCCUUCCCCGACAGCGUGAACUCCCUGGAGGGGGUGUGCGGGGACGUCCGGACCCCAGACAAGCUCAUCGACCAAGUGAACGACACCAGUGACGGCAGGCACAUGUGGCUGGCCCCGAUCCUGCCGGGCCUGGUGAACCGGGUUUAUGUGAUUUUUGAUCUGCCCACCACCGUGUCAAUGAUCAAACUCUGGAAUUACACGAAAACACCCCAACGAGGGGUGAAGGAGUUUGGCCUCCUGGUGGACGACUUGCUGGUCUACAAUGGGAUCCUGGCCAUGGUGAGCCACCUGGUGGGGGGCAUCCUCCCCACGUGUGAGCCCACUGUGCCGUACCACACCAUCCUCUUCACCGAGGACACGGAGCUCCGUCACCAGGAGAAAUACACCACCCUCAGGGACCAGGUAGAGGAUCAGGAUGUCCAGAUGAUGAAUGAAAACCAAAUCGUUACCAACUCUAAAAGGAAGCAGAGUGCUGUUGACCCAGCCUUACGCCCCAAAACCUGCAUAAGCGAGAAGGAGACCGCGAGACGGUGGUGGUGCUGACUGAGGACAGAGGGGAAGCAUGACCGACGGCCCAGCAGAGAGCCCUUCCUCCAGCCAGGGCGGGCUGUCACAAGUUUCCGCUCGGCAACCCCACCCCUGCCCAGUGUCGCCAGCCAGGACCCAGGGCCUGGAAGAGAACUGCGGAGGGCGGGUAGCCCGCUGUGGGGCAGGGACACGGGGAUGGGCGGCCCUGGAAAAUACAGACAGGGUUUAUGGGCAGCAGGAGGCCAGGCUGCUUGUGGCCUUCCAUUUUCUCUGCAGUUCUGGGGCCUUGGCAGGGAGCCAGGGGGCAUUUCCCUGGGUGUAUCUACUGUAAGAUCCUGCAAAGCGGGUCCCAGAGCAGUGAGGUGGGCUGGGGAGGCCCCCCAGCUGCCUUCUCAGGGCCCGGGGUGUGGCUAAGCAGGGCAGUGGGCUGUGGGGGCAGGGGGUGCCAGGCUUUCCACACCAAUAGCAGCAUGGUGCGGGGUGUGCGGGAAGCUCUGCCUUCAGAGGUCCAAGUGAGGGGCCAUUAAGCCCUCAUGCCACACACACACACACACCCCACCUUCUCACUGUUGGCCCCACGUAUCCCCGCCUCAUUUGGGAGCUGUCAGAGCUGGCUGAGAGAGUGCGGUUGAUUCCUGGCCCCCUAAAUGCCUGGUCACAACCCCGUCACCCUGCAACCUGCCCAGGCCCAGUUGGGAGGAGAUGCCUGCCCAGGGGAGCCGGGCCUGCAGGAGCCUCUGUCCUCUUGGCAGGGCUGAGAAGGGAUUGCCAAGGACUUGCGUCCUGCUGAGGAAAGGAAGUGAGCAGAACAGGUGGGGGUGGGAGGGCAGCUGCAGACCCCCAGAGGGCCAGCAGAAUCCGUCCACGUGUCCUCCAGGCGCAGGCAGGUAGGUGAGGGGGAGCAGGCAGGCUGUGGACCAGCGCCCCAGAGGCACGCCCCCCCCACACCCUCCUACACUGGAACUUCGUCCCCAGGGAGGUGGCCUCGCCGCCUUCCCCUGCCACGUCCCUCAUGAGCUGCUCGGGCCUUUUCUCGCCUGCCUGCUUUCCGCCCUGCCCCGGUGCCCUUGGAGGCAGGCCUUGCAGUCUUGCUGCCCGGGCCCCCUCCCUCCCCCUUCCAGCCGCUUCCUGGCAAGUUGGAAAUGCGCCUUGCACCCCCAGUCGCGCGAAGCCCAGAACGCAUCUAUUUCCAUCUAUGUAACAAGCUCGGAUCAGGGACCUAAUUGGUUUCCCAGUGGUGGGUAAUUUCUCGUUCCAAAUAUUAAUCCGUUGUUUUCCUGGCGCCCGGCCCGGCCCGCCGCGGUACUGUACUCUGAGUACGUUCCUAUGCAACCAAGAGCCCGAGCAGGUACUUUAUGGGCUUUGCGGCUUCGGCUCGAGCAGCUAUGCAAAUGCGCUUUUCAUUUGGAGCGCAAGGCUGAUGCGAAGAUAAGGAAUUGUUUCUCCUGGAGGAGAUCCAUCAUUUCUGUAGCUUCCAGGCUUCCAGCUUCUCUGCUCACCCUCCAGAAGCAGCUGGCAUCUCGGGGCCUCUUGGGCACACAGUCCCAAGAGUGCUCGCUCCCUGGGGGAGUGGGGGACUGAGCACACCAGCUCCUAGUGACUGAAACCAGGGCUGUUGCUUUAAAGGAACCCCAGCCUCCAUUCCUGCCCGAGGCAUCGGUCCAGGUCAGCGCCGUCAGGGAGACUGCACAACCGCGACGCACGCUGGCUCCCAGCAUCUGAGCUGAUGUUUAUGAUAAUUGUAUGUACCAUGCAAUUUAGGAGGGGAAAAAUUGCUGUAUAGAGGCAUUAACUCUAAAAUAAAUUUCUAUUUUUUUCUCUUGCAAAAUCAAUAAAAGAUGUUAUCAAGAAUACA